AUGACAACGAUUACAUAUUUUCUCAUUUUCCUCGCCAUAUUUUCCAGUCACGGUGGAGGUACUUCUAAUACUACGCUGCAAUUACCAAUAACAAUAAAUCCACUGGUACAAGAUGCCAUACAACGAGGCACGUUUACGGAUGUUUUAAUUCAAACAAAUACAACCUUUUUUGAACACGUAACAUUCAAUGACAUAGUUAAAAACCUCAAAUAUAAACCUCUCCCGCAACUACAGAAAAAUUUGCCGUCAUUGCUUGUACUUGGAUUGGCGGCAAAAGACAAUGGUUUGACCGUCGACAAGUUUGAAUUUCUACAGACAAGCAAAUGGACAAUCACUAUGUCAGUAGAAGAAAUGGCAAAUGUUUCAAACAAUAUCACUCUGCCUUUAAAUGACCAAGUACCUUUAAUCAAAAUCCAAGAAGCGAUGUUUAAGAUUCUGGAGAAAAGAUUUAACUUCAAGACUGAAGAAAUAGCGGAACAUUUAAAUAUCACAAAAGAUGAAGUAUAUGCGUUUUUGGAGCCAGGAUGGAUCAAGGUUGUUAAUAUUAUCACGGCGAAAAAUAUUUUAGCGCUAUCAAGAAAUUAUACAAUUCCACCAUUUUACAUUGCUGAAGCUCUGAACAUGUCGUUACCAGAACUUUACAACUCAACACUACCACAGCUUGAAGAUACACUCGUGAAUAAAAUUGACAUCAUCAAAGGUUUGUAUAAAUGCUUCUUAUCAUUCUUUUACCGAACCAUUCAUUAUUCAAUAUAA